AUGGCCUUUUCGAAGGCUUCAGCAAAAGCAAAUACCGAACAAGAGAAAAACACUGUUCGUAGUAAUCAGGGUGGGACACACAAAACUACCAUACUGUAUUGUACUGUCGCAGACGGUAACACCUCGUCAGUUGAAAAACUACAGAUUGUCGCAAUCAGUAGACAUACUGAAAAAUUGUACAUUGUUUCUGACAACUGCGAUGAAGCUGUGAAACUGAAACAAAAACUCGCGUUAGAUCAAGAGUUUUAUGAGCAUAUGCAAACAUGGCUAACUUUUCCGAACGAGGAGGUGAAACCCUUCAUUGCAGAGGAUAAAAUUGUUGAUUUGAUCAUUUCGGAGCCGCAUCCACCAAAGGAUUUGCAUUUGUUGCAUGAGAGUUUUUUGCCCACUGCUGCUUACGAUGAUGCGACCACGUCAAUGAACUUGGUUUCAAGUUCCGUCGUGCCCCAAAACUUCGCCACCGGAACAUUCAACAUUGAUGGUUUACUCGUGCCGGUGAACAAACGAGGGCAUCCAACUUCCCUAACCUUGAAUUACUAUUCGAUUUCGUCGGGAAUAGGGAAUCACUUUUCGGGGAAAUCACCAGCCCAGGUAAUGCAGGUGUUGCAGGCGCGUUAUUUCAACAAACAACCCUAUUUCGAGUUGGGAUUCAAGCAGAGAGCGUUGGCGUCAAAGAUGGUGAAUUUGUGGUUUGCGGAGCAUGUUAUCGAUGAUUACAGGAGAAAUCUUUUUGAUGACGCAGAAAUAACUAAAGUGAUAGCGGGAUUUUUUAAAAAAGUCACAACUCAAAACUACCAAAAGGCGUUCGAGGGCAACGGAGGUUCAGAGAACCCUGAUGGCAGGAGUAUUCGGUUUAGCCUGAAGGGCAUUUUCAAACCGAAACAUGGAACUCCGGACAUUUACAAGGCUGGACAGGGUAUUUCGGCUUGGAGCACGGACGCAUGUGCAAUGUUUUGCUUAAUCUUCAGAAUUCUUUGUCGCUUCUCAAUCAAGAGUGAAAAAUACCAUGUGACGACCGAUUCAUAUCUGACGGAACAGGAAUUCAUGAUGAAUGUAAAAGCGAAAAUAAUGCAGGUACCGGCAGUUGCAAAAUUUGCAACAACUGACGGUAUAACUUUUGAUGCCAACCAGAAUGCCUUCACCCAGCUGAUUGAAAAAAUGUACUGGGGUGCCCUUGGCGUUCCAGAAGAUUUUUUGGAACAUUAUUACUCGUUCCGGAAAAAUUACAUAAUCAUAUCGAGUGUGGCUAUUGGGUUUGCUGGGACACAAAAGACCAGUGGCGAACCCGAAACACUUCCAAACAACGGAGUCGUGUCCAAGAUCGCUUCAAACUUCAUUGUUAGGGGUGAAGGACCGGUUGCUUUGAUAUACAAAGGGGAUGAUUUCACCAAACGACAACUGAAUUUGGCCAUCAAUGAGAGUAAUCGUGAAGCCUUGAACACCGCUUGUGCAUUGGGGUUACGUGUCGAUAUCGCGGAUUCAACAGAGUUUUGCGGUUUGAUGUUUUCUGCCGGGAAUCUUUUCCCGUCAAUUCCAAGGAAAAUUAACAAGCUUUGCGCUCACAAAUUUGUCGACUAUCAGCACUUUUGCGAGUAUCAGGAUUCGUUGAGAAAUUGGAUCACUAUAUCUUCCACGCUUGGUUCACAAAUGAUGAUAGCAGCAAACGCCGCCCAUUACAAAACAUCUUUUAAGGAAAUGGAAUUUGCUUAUGACUACAUUGACACGAUGAAGGAUCAUAGCAAGGACAAGAAAACAACCGCAACGUCGACUGGAGAAACUGCUGACAAAAACAAUGCGUUGUUGGCAUUUUACAAAGCCAUUUCAGGACUCUUCACGCAGCUUGCACAAAAAGAAUUUCUAUUUGAUAGAAGCACCGUCUUGAAAGAUGUGGAUAGGCUGGUGAGAGGCUCCGUAAAAAGAGUCUUGCACCUGCCGAGUCAUGUCCCUAACUGCGUGAUCCACGCGAAAGUUAGAGACGGCGGGCUGGGUAUCCUCGAGAUGCGCCACGCCAUUCCUCAGGCCUUGCUGAGAAGAAUGGAUAACGUGGAGUAUGGAGGGGACCCGGUGCUCAACGCGACUAUGCUGACCCCAAGGAUUCAAAGCAUUGUUGUGCGGCUUCAGAAACUGGCAGGGAACGUUCCUACAGAACAGAUUUAUCGGGCUGCUAUAACAAGUGACCCGAUGACAACCGGCAUACAGAUUUCGACCGAAGACCCUGCUAGCAGGGGGUGGGUGUCUGACAAACCCACCGGGUGGACAGGUCGGGACUACGUUCGAGCCAUCCAGCUUCGAGCAAACGUCCUCCCAACGAGGGGCAUACCCUCCAAUCCCGAGCACCUGCGUCGGUGUCGUAAUACGGGUUGCAAUGCCGUUGAAUCCCUCUCCCACGUGCUGCAGCAAUGCAGUGCAUCGCACGGUGAGAGGGUACGGCGUCAUAACGACGUCGCACGGAAAAUUGCAGCCCAUACGCGCAAGACCUGGGACACGGAGGAGGAGCCCCACGUUCGUCAUCAAGACGGCCAACUCUAUAAGCCUGACAUCGUCGUACACAAAGACCGCAACACCAUCGUGGUCUGCGACGUUCAGGUGAGUUGGGAGGGAGCGGAUGGUCUAACGACGGCCUGGGAGAGGAAGCGGGGGGUUUACCAAAACCCCAAGUUUGUCGAGGCAGCAGCACGGAGGUGGCCUGGAAAAACCUGCGAGUUUACGCCCUUGAUCAUCGGGGCGCGCGGCACCUGGCCGCGUUGUAACGAGCCCACGGAAAGAGCACUUGAACUGACCAAGCAACUCAAAGCGAGCGAGUAUGGGCCGCCUCCAAUCGCUAGAAGACAGAUGCCGCCCUCGAACUCAGUAGAAUUUUGGAAGGAACGCUCGGAACACACGGCUCUAUUUAGUCCUCAUUUUAGAGGAAGGAGACUUUUUCAGGUUGGAGGACAUUCUUGGCUGCUUGCCUCUGCAAUUUUCUCUUCUAAAUACAGCUCGGGCGACCAGCCUUAUUUGCGAGAUGAGUUUCAGGUAAUUAAUUCGUUUGGAAGCAGCCCGCAAAACCAGCAGCAGCAGAAGCCAAGUGGCAGAGUGGAUCUGCCUUAUGGUUCUCUCUCUUGGCCGAUCACUUGGCCCCCUACAUUCCUCUACUCGAGUCCUUACGAGGCCGACACAGGGGUAAGGUCAUUUCCACAGCGGGCACAUAAAACGUCCCGGGUGUACAGGACUAACCGCGUUUCACGCGACCUGUCCGACAACUUUGACAGCUUUUCGUCUGGUGUGUUCGUUACCAUAAUGAGUGUCGUGCAUUUGAACCCCACCUCACCCACUGUCCCCUUGAACUUAUCUUCCAGUUCCUCGGGCUCUUCGGGCUCGGAGAUCAGAGGACCCAAUCGUGUCGCCGAUCACGGUGCACCCGCACCCGCUACGGCGGGUGCGGGGAUCGACGACACUACAAGUAAAGUCUUCUCCUCGUUGAAUGACCUCCAAGAGGUCUUCGCAGAAAGACUCAAUGAUCAUAUCAUUGAAGGCUUAAACUUCGUAACUACCAAAGUAAGCCGCAAGGCCAAAAAGGAUGUUGUCAUCAGCUCGAUGGUCAAGAUCUUCAAACUUCUCCAAUCUGAUAUGCUUAAUUUACGUAAAGCUCAAAAAGCUUCUUCUAAUACCAGACUUCUGGUGAAAACCAUUGGUUCUGUUUUAAAUAAAAUUGCUAAAGCUGGCGAGUCUGUGUCUGCUCCGCCCAGCCCUCAAGCUGAAAAACACUGGCUAGACAGCCAUAAAUAUAUCCCGGUACCCAAGCCAACAUACGAUGUGGACUCACAAACCGUAGGCAACAGUACAAAUGACAUAGCAACACAAACGGACAUCCAGACUAUAGACGAGGAGAUGAGGGCAGAGAUAGUGGAGACCCUAGAAGGAGCAAAGGAGACCAGGAACACGUAUGCCCUAGUGGUGGAAAAGGAGGGAAAGGUCUUUGAGGAGGUGCUCAAAGAUAUUAAAGAAAAUGUACAGGGUAUUAAAAAUCGACAGGAUAUUAGAGCCGUGCGCAAGACAAAGGACGGAAAACUUCUUAUCACAAUAGAAAAGGACGAGGAGGCCCUUAAGAGCUUAGACAGAGCAAUGGAGGGCUCAAAGCAGGGCUUUAAAGUCAGGACGUGCAGCGACCGAAAGGCACAGGGCACAAUUUACGUGAGAGGUAUGGAAGCCACCACUAGACAAGAGGAACUUAUGGAAGCGGUUAAAGAAGAAAUGAAAGAUCCCAACAAGAUCUACAAGACGACUGAGGAUGAGGCCAUAUCCACCUGGCUGAGGGAAGAGGGGGAUGCUGGACGGGAGUUGCCUAAGUUGUUUGACAAAGACACGUUCACCUACUUGGCGCAGAGCUUUGAAUACCAGGGCUUUGAUGUGCGCAGGAUCAUCAAGACCAUGAUCUCGAUGCAUCGGAGAGGUCUGACCCGUGCUGACGUCACUGUGCAAGACGCAGCUGGGAAUAAGAUCUACUCCAGCAGGGACUCGUUGAUGGCUGAUGUUCGUAUCAUGAUUGCCAUCUUCAUAACCAGGGGUAGUGAUGUCAAGAAAAUCAAAGCCAAGUCUACUGAGUUGGCUUCUAGAGUGAUCACCUCUCUGGCCGAGAAGUAUAGUCUCAGCCUAGACACCAGGGCAUCUCGGACAUCGUUGGGACCUGACAUCAUCACCUUGCCAAGAGUUGCCGCUUGUUUCCCACUUGUUGUCUGCCAGGCAUACAAUCAAGGGAUAGGCAAGACGCUGUACAGCCUCAAAGACCUGGGAUUGACUGACAACUCAAGCAAGGCAAUACUUACCACGUCCAUAACUGCCUUGGUCCCCAAGAUCACAGAAGAUGGGGUGAACAACAUCAUGCCUCUCAUCCUUCUCUGCCAUUUUCUCACCGAUAAUGUCAUCCAUUCAAAAAAGAAUGUCACCAGACUGGAGCACAUGCUAACUUACCUGAAGGCAGAGUACAGAUCUCAAGCCACGCCAGAUGCCUCUAGAGUGGCGGCAUUCAAUGAAUUUGGUUACUUGACAGCCGGCAAGAAAAGCUUUCUGCCUUCUCUGCUCACGGCUUCUGCUGCAGCACUGGAGAAGAUAAGAGUUGUUCUAAAAAUAAGAACAAGUUCUUUACCUGUGCUCGAAGAGUGGAUGAAAGGGAUCUUUAAUUGUUUGGCACAUAAUGUUCUUGAACAUAUGGUUAGAACAAUUGCCUUGCAGAAAGGCAACAGGAGUUUUUUUAACCAGGCAGACAAGUUGAGGAAGAAGAAACGAUCCUUCCUUUUCCUUCCAAAAGUGGAGUGGAACUCCCUUUUGAAAAAUUUAGAAGUGAGCAAGAAAUCCUAUUCCAAGGAGAUAAAGAAACAUUCCCAAUUUCUGAAGAGACCCAGGGCUGUUCAAGUUAUCUUAGAACUACUAAAAAAUAAAAAUACCACUUUAAAAAUUUGUGCAAGUGAAAUUCUUCACACCAUUCAUCAAUGCCAGCCCCUUGGAGAUUUUAAUGUUGAUCAUCCUAUAUCAAUACAGGGACUGGAAGGACAGAAGGGGGCUGAAACCAAAGACAUUGUCACAACAAAAAUACCUGGUUUGACAAGAGUUUUUCACAAGUUCUUGUUAAAAAACUUGCCUGAAAUAGCCCCUUUCUUGCGACUAAGUGAAUAA